UCCUCCCAUCUGCUGCUGCCUUCACUCCGGACGUUUACCAAAUUCCAUCCAAAUAACGUGCGCCCCCCUGGUGGCUAAACGGUGCCAGUGAGCUUUUGUUAGCCCCGUCGAGGCUAACCUGAAAUGGCCACAAAAAUGCUUCGGCUGUGUCGGGAUGUUAUGUCGCGCAUUCUGCUUGCAGUGAGAUGACUUUGAGGCGUAAAGCGACGGCGGCGGAGGAGGAGAUUCAAAGAGCCAAGCAGGCUCAGCGAGAGGCCGAGGAUGAGAGGCGGCAGGCCGCCAGAGAGAGGCAGGAGAAAACGGCGGAGUGUCUCAGCUGGAGGGAGAAGCACCGCGAGUUAGCUAACAUCCUCCAAGCUCACGAGGACCUGAAAGCGCAGAGGCGGAGCAAAGCCUGUCAGGCUAACAUCAAGAGCUACUUCCUGUGUAUGACUGAGAGCAAUCAGCGGGUAAAAAUCCUGAAAAAUCCAGACGGAACUGCAAGAAAUUUCACAGAAGGAGAUCCUGUGUAUAUCAGCACACCUGACGACGGAUCUGAAGAGCCUGAAAGAAGUUCAUCCAGGACCAUGCUGAGAGUCUCAGCCCCACACACGGGGAGGGACCCGGGCCCCAGUCACUUCGACGAACUGCCCGCCUUCGACGGGGGGCGCCCCGGCUCAGCUCCCUCACGCCGGGCCAGGAAGGUGGUGGAGUACUUCUGGAUCCCUACAGACGAGGAAUGAAGAGUGGCUCUGUUCCGUGUCACAGCCCAACAUGUGAGCCGUUUCACCCUGGAGAAGCAUUUCACUCAAAAAUAAAUGAAUAUUGUUAGUAAAUAGUCCAUUAAAUAAAUGUCUUAUUUUUGAAGCUUGUUGGAACAUUCUAAAUUAAAAGGACUAG